UCGGGUGGCCCAUUCGUAUUUUAGGCGGUAGAAUCCAGCGGAUCCGGUCUCGGGUAAUACAUUCUGCAUCUCAGGGGUCAGCCGAGUUCCUCAAAACUACGAUCAAAUGACGAAAUGCCGGCUGCUCUAUUUGUUCUUAUUAACGGCUCUGAUGAUGAGCACAGAAGCGGCAAAGGGCAUAGGUAGAGGGAGAGGCCGUCCCCGAGGAAGGGUGUACAACUCGCGGUUACCCAUCCUGAUACCCAACCGAAAUCCUGCCAGUGCGCGCUAUUACGAGAACAAGGAUGGUGCCAAGAUCGUGAAGGCGUCCCACUUCGAGCUGGAUUACAUGCUGGGCAGAAAGAUCACGUUCUUCUGCAUGGCCACCGGUUUCCCGAGACCGGAAAUCACUUGGCUCAAGGACGGCAUCGAGCUCUACCAUCAUCAAUUCUUCCAGGUACACGAGUGGUUUAAUAACGACACGAUAAAAUCGAAAAUGGAGAUAGAUCCUGCCACGCAGAAGGACGCGGGUUACUACGAAUGUCAGGCGGAUAAUCAGUACUCCGUCGAUCGACGAGGCUUUAGAACGGAUUACGUUAUGAUCUCGUAUUAAACGCAUUUUCCGACUGUAGCUGCGAUCGCAUAGUAGAACCUAUAAUACUUUGUCAAUAAUAGACAGCACUAUUAUUAACGAUUUAUCUCUUGAUACAUUUCUGUUUAACCAGCAGUCGUAUUACUAGUUCUUAAUUGUUAAUAGCUUUAAUGGGAAGUGUGCAAAUAAAAAUUUUACGUUUUAACAGA